CUUGACACCCUCUAAGAAGCCAUAAAUACCCAUCUGCCCCUCCUCGUUGAACCAUCAGAAUUGAAAGCAAACAGAAACCCAAGCAAACACAGAAUAUUCUCAAAAAGCUCACUGAAAAAUGUCGCUAAUUCCAAGGAUCUUCGGCGAUCGACAAAGCAGCAGCAUGUUCGAUCCAUUCUCAAUGGACGUGUUUGAUCCUUUCAGGGAAUUAGGGUUCCCAGGUUCCAAUUCACGAGAGACCUCUGCAUUUGCUAACACACGUGUCGACUGGAAGGAAACUCCAGAAGCUCAUGUGUUCAAGGCUGAUCUUCCAGGGCUUAAGAAGGAAGAAGUGAAAGUGGAGAUUGAAGACGAUAGAGUUCUUCAGAUUAGCGGAGAGAGGAAUGUUGAGAAAGAAGAUAAGAAUGAUACGUGGCACCGUGUGGAACGCAGUAGUGGUAAAUUUAUGAGAAGAUUUAGACUUCCAGAGAAUGCUAAGAUGGACCAAGUUAAGGCUAAAAUGGAGAAUGGAGUGCUUACUGUUACUGUUCCUAAGGAAGAAAUUAAGAAGCCUGAUGUUAAGUCCAUUCAAAUCACGGGUUAGAUGAUAUGGCUAAGUACUCUAUGUCUAUGAGAUGGACAAGUUACAUUAUCGAAUAAAGUCGUGUUUGUUGAGGAUUUGAAGAUUCUCUGUAUUAAAGUCUUGAAUCGACUCUGUUUCUCGCCUAAUGGGGCAGUUGAUGUACUUCCUUUAUAAUUCCAUGUUAAAAAUGUAAUAGCAGUGUUGUAUUAUCCUUUGAUUCUGUUCAACUCUGCCAUAUGUUCUUUCUUCUUA